AUGUAUUAUAGCAUCCAGGUGCUGGCGUUGAUUUAUGUCUAUCAUGUCUCGGAUGAUACUGUGUCAGUUCAGGUUAUGAAUUUAUGGCCUUGGAUUGAGAAUAAUGUCAUUGUUCUUGCUACUGCUGAAACUGGUAGUGGAAUCCACUACCAUUUGAGUGGCCUACCACUGAGUGAUGAAACGCAGAGAAUUCAGCCGUUGCUGAUGCUAGAUUCGUCUACAAAUGCAUACAUAUCAAGGAAUUUGGGUGAUGAUGUAAAGUUUGGACUAGCACAAAAUGAGGUUUUUGAAAUGUUACGUGUGUUGGACAGGACCACUCAACAAAAUGGGAUACUCAAGGCAGAUACUGCUGAACUUUAA